AUGGCAGCAUUUCUUGCAGCAGCUUUGAACCCUACUAACUAUAUUGGCGGAGUCAGUUUCCAUCCUGACCGGGACAUUCAAGAUCUGUCUGAGAAGGUUGUGUUGGUGACAGGAGGGAAUACUGGGCUCGGAAAGGAGACUAUCCGACAACUGCUCAAGCAUAAUCCACGUCAAGUAUUUCUCGCCGCUCGGUCUGAAGCUAAAGCAAGGAAUGCUAUCGGUGAACUGGAAUCCGGUACUUCGAAAGGUCUCAAGAUAUCCUGGCUUCCCUUGGAUUUGGCGUCAAAUACAUCGAUUGAAAAUGCAGUGAAAGAAUUCCAGGCCCAAUCCUCUCGGCUGGAUAUCCUCAUUCUCAACGCUGGUGUGAUGGCACUUCCACUGGGAGAAACGGAAAUGGGCCACGAAAUACAAUUGGGAACUAACUAUAUUGGCCAUUUCUUGCUCACAAGACUGCUUUUGCCGAUUCUCUUGAAAACGGCCGAGGAGCCGCAGUCUGACGUCCGGGUCGUUACGCUUUCAUCAAUCGGGCACAAUCUUGCUCCUUCAUUCUUGACGAUUUUAAAUCAAAGACGGCUUAAGGAUACCAACGCCAACACUCGGUAUGGAGCCUCCAAGGUGGCUAAUAUUCUUUUUGCAGCAGAACUUGCCCGACGACACCCCUCGAUCAGGUCUGUUUCUGUGCACCCCGGGAUUAUUUUAACCGAUUUGUAUACGCCAUUUAGCGAACAAUCGAUCUUAGCUGCCGCGAGCACUAGGGUCAUUGGCCUAUUCGCUUCGUCGGUGUAUGAAGGCGCACUUAACCAGCUGUGGGCGGCCGCUGGGGCGAAAAGAGAGGAACUAGUCAAUGGAGGGUACUACAUGCCGGUUGGGAUCCUGAAAUCGCGAAAUAAGUAUGCCAGAAGUAAAGAUAUGGGGAAGCAUCUAUGGGAUUGGACCGAGGCAGAGUUACGCAUAGCCGGAAUUAUCAUUUGA